AUGCCGACCCAGUCUACCGCCGAGGCGUCUGGCGCUUCUCAGCGCUGGCCCCAGGAAUCCUCGACAUCCGACUUGCCCUCCUUCUACUCGCCACCCUCGAAACCCGCUCAAGAGACGACGGACAACUCGGCAAACCCCAACCAGGCCGCCCACCCCUCCUCAGGCGAGCCCACGAUCCUCAGUCCCAUCCCGACCCACGACCGACUAACCCUAGAUACUCCGGCGUCCGCGCCCUCCUCCGCCACCAUCGCAGCUUCCCGCGGGAGGUUCCGCCUCCCCCUCCCUGCUCUCCCCCUCAUUCACCCCGCCCGCGACCCCGGCUCCAUCCCGAGCGGCGGCUGCGGCGCGAAGCGACCUCGGCUCUUGGAGACUCUUCCCAACGUCGAAUGUAUCGUACGCGCCCGUAUCCCUACCGUCUCGGGGUCGGAAAUGUUUUUGCACCUCUACACCAAUGACGUAGAUAACAAGGAGCACCUGGCCAUUGUUUUCGGCCCCCACAUCCGUAGCACCUCGCUCGAUGCGCCGAGGCCGGGCGAAACCGAAAUGGACCGCAUGAUCCGUGGCGCAUACGUCGGCAAACUCUUCCCUGGAAGGACCACCAGCCAGGCUGUCACCUCCGGAUCUAGCGAGGAGACAGCAGAGACAUCCGCUCCUACUCCCUCCGGCACCCCUCUGCCACCCGGACAACACGAGCGGGGAAUUAUCGUCUACCUGCGCCAGGAGGGCCGUGGUAUCGGCCUGGGCGAGAAACUCAAGGCCUAUAACCUUCAGGAUCUUGGCUCCGAUACCGUGGAAGCGAAUCUUUUGCUCCGGCAUCCCGCCGACGCGCGAAGCUACGGCCUUGCGACAGCCAUGCUACGCGAUCUCGGGCAAGAGCACAUCCGCCUGUUGACCAACAACCCGGACAAGGUCCGCGCCGUGGAGGGACCCAACCGGGAGGUGGUGGUGACGGAGAGGGUGGCAAUGGUCCCUCUGUCUUGGAGGGGCGAGAAGGGUAUCCGCAGUAACGAAGUCCAGGCCUAUCUAGAAACCAAGAUUAAGAAGAUGGGCCACAUGCUUGAUUUUUAG